UCUCCUUCCCAACGUUACAACAGAAUGUCCAGUCUUUACUCACGUCGCUGGAUAAGGUCAAGGAAGAAAUCAGUCUGCUAAAGCAGAUUCGCAUACCCUCCGAUAACGACCAGUUUGUGACAAUCAUGCAGGUGAAUGUUGAUUAUUCUCAAAGGAGCUCGCGGUUUGAUGCCCGAGAAACGUCAGCCAUUUUCUCUUGAAGUAGCGCAAAGCGUCGACGCGCUUGAUAAGAUGGCUGUCCUCGUUGGAACAGACUUACGAGCUCUCUUCUCUUACUAUGGUGAAGACCUGGAUUCGCCAGAGGGACCAAAGCCAGACGACUUCUUUGGGAUGAUUUGCUCCUUUUCAUCAUCUUUACAGAAAGCCGCUUUGGAAAUACACGAUAAGGCACAGAAGAAGGCCCCUGACUUAGCUCAGGGGAAGAUGACGUCUACAACACGAACUAACUCCGAAGAGGUAAGAGGACCCACGUCAUCCAGCUCUGCAUUUCCGCGGUUCAUCGCCACACAGACCGUCAAGGCACAAAGUGAUCACUCACACAACCUCACUGUCGGCACCCACGAACGUUCGGCAUCUAUUGGUCGUGGUGACCUCGAUGAAGCCAUCCGCACUUUACGAGAAGGUCGUCGGAAAUCUCGAGCUACUCCCAAGGCAAGCAAGAUAUUCCUUGAUGGACGACUUGACCAAGCAUCGUAAUGGCAACGUUGGCAAGAGCUCCACAUUUGAUUCCGCGCUGGGCUUGGAUCGAUCAUGAAUGAUAGACACAGGAA